AUGCCGAGCUUCUUCCAAUUCACGCAAGGCAACGAGUCCCGAACCCGCUUCACGAGCGACUCGUCUCCUCUACUAGGUCGCUUUCGCGCCGUACCCCAAGACUCCGAUGUCAGCGGCCGCCGUCGGCGUUCCAGCACCCUCGGUCUCUUCUCCAACAAUCGUGGCAGUGUGCACGUCGGCUAUGGCGCGCUUCUCUCUGCAGCUGGUCUCGAUAACAACGAUGAUGGUGCCGAUAGAGUCGACUUGGAGGAUCUGAGCUUAUGGCAGCGGACCUGGCGCAGGAUUGUCGACGUUUGGGUAGAGCCGAAGCAGAGUGCCGUCAAGAAGGUGGUUGACGCCGUCGCGUGGUGUGCGCUGCCGUUUCCGCAAUAUCAGUUUCCUGACGACGAUGACGACCGUAGUGACCCCGGGUCUGGUUCGGGGCGCAAGAUACCUGGUCACGGAGAAGCACGAGUGCAGAUUAGUUUCUGGUUCUUCCUAUUUGUCUACUAUGGCUUCUACAAUAUUACUGCCCUGAUUUGGAUCACCAAGGUCUUCAAUCUUUACAGCCUGAACUGGUGGCCGCAAUCCCUCGGCUUCCCGGUCACCAUGUCUCUGAUUGCCAUUGUUUCAAUAGCAGUGCCUAUCCCGCUUUAUCUUACCCCGGAAACACGCUUCCUCACUCAACAUAACACGGCUUGGAUCUCCUGGACGUUUAUCGUCAUGGCUAUGCCGGUAGCUAUAGCGUUCUGCAUUCUCCUUACCUCAGAACGCCACCUGAAAUUACGCCACUCGCUCUCUGAGACGCAACGGAUCUUCACAACGUCUUGGUGGACUGGUGAGGCUGAAGGGAGUAUCCCUCGGCGAGAUAAUCGUCGCCGGCCAAACCUCAGCCACGACUCGUUCGACACGGACGCGGCGUUGCAGGUCGGCUCAGAGCAGCCCAGACACUUGACCAGCGUGAGGAUACGGCGCAGAUGGCUGCCAGCCAGCUUCGUCCGUUUCAUCUGGUUCUGUCUGGCCUUGUUCGUCGGCCUCAUGGCGUAUGUGAUAGGAGAAGCCUACGCAGAGAUCUACUUACGGACGUUACCCCACAACAAUUUGGAAACAAUCGUCUACGUCUACAGCUGGAUCAUCACGGUCCAUCUCCUCGACGCCUUGACAGGUUGGCUGCUUGGUAUUCGCGAGGGUGAACGUGUUGGGAGCUACCCUCUCAGCUGGGUAUUCAAGCUAUACUUCAUGCUCACCUACCAAACCUACGUUCGCGCGCUAUACGCCCGUCUUCGCUCCCCAGAGCAAUUCGUGUAUCUUCAGAUACUUUCCAGCAGCACGCUCAUCAUCCUCACCCCUUUGACGAUGUCGCGCCUCUACCACCGCAUCACCGUCACCCUCAACCUGACCGACCAGUCCUACGCGUCGUAUCAAAAGGUCUGCACCCGCAACGUUUUUAUCCGCUUCCUCGCGGAGAACGUGUCCAUGGCGGCCUUCCUCGGCAGCGUCCUGGUUCUACACUUUGGACCGAACAAAGACGUCUACCCCUACUUCGCAUUCGACAUGAAGGAGGUUGGCGACGAUUACGACUUCAACCUGACCUUCUGGGCCUCCUCGGUCACAUGGGGCUGCGAGCUCGUGGCGUCCAUCUGCGUCCGCGUGCUCAUCCGCUACAUUUUUGGGGUCGACGUCGGUAUGGAGGGAAAGCUUGAUCUCGCCGUCUGGCCUGAGCUGCUGCCGACGAGCGUGGCUGUCAUGUUUCAUGUGCUUCAAAACAUGUUCUUCUCCAUCAUCCGACUACAAUUUCCUUGA